GAUGGUGAAAAUGCAUCUGCUGAGGAAAACACUGAAGAUGUAGAGGCUCCAUCUUCAUCCAGAAAAGCAUCUGGGAAAUCCAAAAGUCAGGAUGAAACUGACGGGGAAACUUCAGAUGGUGUCAGUAAAUCUGUUCAUCGGGUCUUUGCAUCCAUGCUUGGGGAAAAUGAAGAGGAAGAGGAGGAUGAAGAGGAAGAGGAAGAAGAAGAAGGAGAGGAAGAAGAAACUACUGAGCAACCCACAGCUGGAGAUGUUUUUGUGUUGGAGAUGGUACUCAAUCGAGAGACCAAGAAAAUGAUGAAAGAGAAAAGACCUCGCAGUAAACUUCCUCGUGCCUUGAGGGGUCUGAUGGGAGAGGCCAAUAUCAGGUUUGCUCGAGGAGAACGUGAGGAGGCUAUUCUGAUGUGCAUGGAAAUCAUUCGACAAGCUCCUCUUGCUCAUGAGCCCUUUUCCACUCUUGCCAUGAUCUACGAAGACCAGGGUGAUAUGGAGAAGUCGUUGCAGUUUGAACUGAUUGCAGCUCACUUAAAUCCGAGUGAUACUGAGGAGUGGGUUAGACUAGCAGAAAUGUCACUGGAACAGGACAAUAUCAAACAAGCUGUUUUUUGCUACACAAAAGCUCUGAAAUACGACCCCACGAAUGUGCGUUAUCUCUGGGAGAGAUCGAGCCUAUAUGAACAGCUGGGGGAACAUAAGAUGGCUAUGGAUGGCUACAGGCGUAUUUUGAAUCUUCUCUCUCCCUCUGAUGGAGAGCGCUUUAUGCAGUUGGCUAGAGACAUGGCAAAGAGUUAUUAUGAAGCCAAUGAUGUGACCUCUGCUAUUGAGAUAAUAGAAGAAGCCUUUACCAAACACCAGAGCCUUGUCUCCAUGGAAGAUGUUAACAUUGCAGCCGAACUACAUAUUUCUUCCAAACAGUAUGACAAAGCAUUGGCGGUUAUUACAGAUUUUGCAGGAAUUGUCCUUGAAAAGAAAGUAUCAGAAGUAAGUCCAACUGAGGAGAAAAAAGAUACAGGGGCAGUGGUAAAAACUCAGGAAAGCCAGGAGGCGGUGACUGAGGACCAAAGUCAUCCAGCUUCUGAACCCAGCGCUGCAGCUGUGGAGAAAGUCAGCUGCCACAUACCUGAGGGCGUUCCCAUAGACAUCACAGUCAAGCUGAUGGUGUGCUUGGUUCACUUGAACAUCCUAGAGCCGCUCAGUCCUCUUUUGACCACUCUGGUGGAACAAAAUCCAGAAGAAAUGGGUGACUUGUAUUUGGAUGUUGCAGAGGCAUUUCUGGAUGUUGGAGAAUACAGCUCAGCACUGCCUCUCUUGAGUUCCCUCGUCUGUUCGGAACGAUACAACUUGGCUGUUGUCUGGCUUCGGCACGCGGAGUGCUUGAAGGCUUUGGGACACAUGGAGCGUGCCGCAGAGAGCUAUGGCAAAGUGGUUGAUCUUGCUCCAUUGCACCUGGAUGCAAGAAUCUCACUUUCAACCCUUCAGCAGCAGCUGGGCCGACCUGAAAAAGCUCUGGAGGCUCUGGAACCCAUGUAUGAUCCAGAUACACUGGCUCAGGAUGCGAACGCUGCCCAGCAGGAAUUAAAGCUACUCCUCCAUCGUUCGACACUGUUGUAUUCCCAGGGCAAAACGUAUGGUUACAUCGACACUUUACUGACAAUGCUGGCAAUGCUGCUGAAGGUAGCAAUGAGCAGAGCUCAGGUGUGUUUGAUAUCUAGUUCCAAAUCUGGAGAGAGACACCUCUAUCUUAUUAAGGUGUCAAGGGAUAAAAUUUCUGACAAUGACGACCAAGAGACAGCAAAUUGCGAUGCAAAAGCAAUUUUUGCUGUUCUCACGAGUGUUCUGACAAAAGAUGACUGGUGGAACCUCCUCCUGAAGGCUAUAUAUUCUUUAUGCGACCUCUCCCGGUACAAGGAAGCAGAACUACUAGUGGAUUCCUCAUUGGAAUAUUACUCAUUUUAUGACGACAGACAAAAGCGCAAGGAGCUGGAAUACUUUGGGCUCUCUGCUGCAAUUCUGGACAAGAACUUCAGAAAAGCAUACAACUAUAUCAG